CCUUAACAGCGCCGCCGGCCGACGCAGUGCACGAGGCGGACCAACGCCCCUGGCCGUACGUCGAUGAAGUUUGGCAAAGUCCUGCAGCAAUCGAUAGAGCUGUCGUCCUCGGAGUGGGAACACUCGUGGGUCGACUACAAACAGCUCAAGCACAUCAUCAAGGACUGCGCUCACGUGUCGAAACACGACAAGCUCAGGAAAGAAAAGCUGGAAGCCAACAAGCUCCAAAAUGGAAACAACGAUACCAUACGCCAAUCCCCCGACGAACUCAACUUCUUCCGCACCGUGCGAGGAGAAUUGGCCAAAAUCACAAAACUCUUCAUGAAGGAACAGUCGAGAUACAGCGUGUCGGUGGGCGAGAUUGAAGCCGAGUUUGAGAAGCUCCAAACAGAUUCCGACGCAAACCUGGAGAAGAAAACGAAAGUCAUGGCAAGCUGCGUCGCGUUGUUCAAGGAAAUGUUGCUCCUGGAGAACUUCGCCUUGAUCAACUACUGCGGCAUUUCCAAGAUUCUAAAAAAACACGACAAGUGGACGGGAUACAACACCCGAAGCAAGUUUGUCGAGUCGGUCCUGAACAAGCAGCCAUUCGCUGCCUACUCGACGCUCCUGGCCAUGAUCAAUUGCGUCGAACAAGUAUUUAUGAAAGCCACGGGCUCUACCAUUGCCCAACAUGACAACACAACUGACUCGCGCAUGAACCGUGCGGUGGAAGUGCAGUGCGGGUACUCGAUGCUCCAGCUCCACGCCGAUACCGAGUCGAAACCCCCGGCAAUCGCUGCGUCUGCUGCCCCUUCCACCACUUCUCACGACGGCGCGCCGCUCAAGCGCCCAGUGAGUCUCCACGACCUGUCCAUCUUACGCGACGAAGGUGUUCGGUUCAAGCGCACAGAAGAAGAAACGCUAUCCCCUAUCCAGUCAGGUCCUUCCGACGACGAUGAAGACGACGCAGCGUACGAUGGAUGCGAAGAAGACGAGGCACCGCCACGUGCGCCGAACCGGAGCAAGCGGACCCGGGAGGACGGCCAAGACGACGAGAGCGACGACGGGGCGUCGUCGUCCGCCGCUGCGUCCGGCAAAAAGAAGAUGAGCUUCUCUACGAUUUUGAAUUGAACGCAUUCCGACCGUCCUGCUGUCGUUCGAGUGCUG